GCCUCAAAGUUCCUAUAAAAAGGGUCUCCCAACUCAGUAUGGGCACAAAGCACCUUCAAGUCCUAAGCUAUUAGGAUCUACAGCUUCUGCUCCAGGAAAGCCUCUCCUCCACCAAGACCAUGAAGUUCUGUGUGGCUGGGCUCUCACUGCUCAUACUCAUGGCUGUCUGCUGCUCUCCAACGUACUCUGCACCAAUAGGUUCUGACCCUCCCACGGCCUGCUGUUUCUCUUACAUCCCACGGAAGCUUAAACGGGAAUUUGUGGUAGAUUACUACGAAACCAGCAGCCUCUGCUCUCAGCCUGCUGUAGUAUUCAUAACGAAAAAGAACAAGCAAAUCUGCACCAACCCAACUGAGUCCUGGGUCCAGGAGUACGUGGAUUUUCUGGAAUUGAACUGAGCUGCUCAGGGCUAGUGACCGUAUCUGCUGGGAAUGUCAUCUGAACAUGAGACUUCUCUGCAAGAUGUACCUCCACCCUUCUCCUCUCAGUAGCCCCCAUUCCUCACCAAAUUUAAUAUGUAUAGUGUGUGAUGUUAUUAUAAUGGGUGUCAUUUAUGCUAUUUAUUUCUUUUUUAAAGGACUUCUAUCCCCUAUGGGGAUGGUCAGCUCUCAUUUUCUCUACUGUUGUAGAUAUACAGACAAUGCAGUUGAUUUAGUUUCACUGUUUCCAUAAUAAAG